AUGGGACAGCAAGGCAGCGUCAGCGAACCGGCCCCAUCCGUUGCGGAUGUGUGUGGUGCGCUGGAAGCCGGCGAGCAAAUGAGCAGUUCCGAAAGCUUGGAUUCCGAGCAGCCCAAGAUUCCGGACAAGUUCCAGCGACUGGCGCUACUCGGCCAUUUGGAGGUGGACGCCGAAAUCGCGCGUGGCAUUUCCUUGCGAGAAUCCCUUCGGCAGGGUGGGCGGCUGUGGCUGACCUGUCCGGCGAAGUUGGAUGAGAAGUCCCGUGCAGCUCUGUGGAAUCGGUCCCGGCCAGUAAAACAGUUCGAUAUCUUCCUCUCUCAUGCAUGGAGGACGGCGGGCAGGUGGAAACUCUUGUCACUCUUGCUGCAGUCUGGCUCGCACAAGGUACUCUUUGUCUGGGUACUCGGGGUGGGCGCUGCAGCCGCGCUCAGUCUGCUUGGAGUCCUCCCUUCCCCCUGGACGUUCCAGACGGGUGUAGCGGGCCUCGAUGUCUCAAUCCGUUUCGGUCCAUGGAUUCUACUCGCAAGCUUUCUGGCCACCUUCCUGGGUCUCCCUGCAGCACCUUAUUUCCCGAGCACACGCCGUGAGUCCGACGUUUGCUUCGUGGAUGUGGCCAGCAUACACCAGGCAGAUACGGAUCUCAUGGAGAGGGGUAUAUACGGCAUAGGAUUGUGGUGUGUUUUUGAACUGGCAGCAUUUCGGACGGCCAACCCCAGCGGCAAGAUUACUCUGUCUCCGCUCUUCGUGGAGAUGAUCGUCGUGAUGAUUUUGCUUAUGCAGUAUUCCUUUUUGGGAGUCCUGCCCUGCUUCGUCGUGCUGCAUGUGCUGCGCAAAGUCCAUGUGGUCAAGCACACGCUCUUUUCGAAGCUGGAAAGCUUCGACAUCAGUGAAGCGCAGUGCAGCAGCGAUUUCGACAAGAACUUCAUCCGCACUGCAAUCGUCCAGUGGUAUGGCAGCGAGGGCGCUUUCACCGACUUUGUCCGUGGCCCACUGAGAGAGGAAUUGGGCGCCAGUGCACAUUGCUGCACCUUCCUCGACUAUGAGCUGCUUCUACUGUCGCCUAUGGCUGCCUCCGUCUUGACAGUGAUCUGCGGGGCUUGGCUGGGGGGCCUCCCCCAUCAUGCCAUUGCUGUUCAGGUGGUUUCUUCAAUCAGCACGGGCCUUGUCUGGGCGCGUCUGAGCAUCAAACUGAGCCUUUGCCUCUGCGACCGCUUCGCACAGCCCCGUUGGGAUGAUGCCCGGGACUACCUGCAGACGCUACUGGUCUUUCUUAUCUUUGCGCUAUUUGUCCUCGCUGCCACGGUGCUGUCCGCCACCGCGAAAUCGUACAGUCUCAAGGCCUCCCUGGCCUUCCUUCUCUUCGGCCUCCUCAGCAGCUGCUUCUCCUCGAGGCUGGCGAGGAUGAGCUGGCGGCUCUGA